AUGCUUAUGAUCGAAAACCCAGAGCGAGCAAAUGGGCACAUUUUCAAUGUUGGGAACCCCAAGAACGAAGCUUCUGUUCGUGAACUGGCCACGAUGAUGACAAGGAUCUACUGCAAAGUGAGCAAGCAAUCAGAGCCUGCAACACCCACAGUUGACGUUACAUCAAGCGACUUCUAUGGAAAGGGUUAUGACGACAGUGACCGCCGAAUUCCAGACAUGACACUUAUUCAGCAGCAGCUGGGUUGGGAGCCAGAGACUUCCUUGGAAGAGUUGUUGGAUGUGACCUUGACAUACCAGUACAGCACAUACGCUGAGGCUAUUCGACGGUCGAUGGCGCAGACAACUGCAGCAACCUGA